GCUCGCAGUUUCAUACCGGAUUCGCAGUGAACUACAAAAAUGAUUUUAUGCUGAGCGGUUCGGCUUGGAGGACUUUUCCGACGUUUCCCACUCGUUGAACGUCGCAGAGAGCAAAGACGCACUCGGCGGAUACUUGACGACGAGCGGCGCUGGAGUUUUAGGUUAUUUUCUUUCUCCGAGGUUCAAGGUGGUUACCCGAACGAGCUAGCGUUAGCUUGCUGGCUAUCGGCUAACUGAACUAGCCUGUCAACGAGCUGCGUGGUAAGACGGCGGCAGCAGCAGCAGCCGUCGUGCGGCAUACUUGUGACCACGUCUACGAUUUUUUACAAAGUUUAUUCCAUCGCCGUUACAAUGCAGCCGUAUUCUAUUCAAUGAAAGUUGCACUGCAAGUGUGCAGAGCGAGAUACUCACACGUUUGCUUGGCCUCUUGUUGAAUUUUAACGCGCUAGAUUGCUUGCAGCGGCUCAGGGGACUGAAUUAAAAUAGUUCAUUGAAAUCGCCGUGACAGCUUUGCACAACUGUAACGUCGACAACGCGCCUAGGUUUUUGUUCCUGUGGGGUCUUUGCGUGCCUAUCAACAUGCUGAAGACCCGACAAUGUUUACUUGGCAUCCGCACUUUUCUCGGUGUAACGUCCAGAAUAUGGGGCUUCAUCUUGUAUAUUCUCAGGAAGCACCUACGAACGAUAAUCCAGUACCAGACAGUGCGGUAUGACACUUUGUCUCUGUCACAUAUCUCCAGAAACAGACUAAAUGCAGUGAAGAGGAAGAUUCUGGUUCUGGACCUGGAUGAGACUCUCAUCCAUUCUCACCAUGAUGGGGUCCUCAGACCCACAGUCAGACCCGGCACGCCACCAGACUUCAUCUUAAAGGUCGUCAUUGAUAAGCACCCAGUCAGAUUUUUCGUACACAAAAGGCCACAUGUGGACUUCUUUUUAGAAGUGGUGAGCCAGUGGUAUGAGCUGGUAGUGUUUACAGCCAGUAUGGAGAUCUAUGGCUCGGCAGUGGCAGACAAGUUGGACAACAACAGGAACAUCUUGAAACGUAGAUACUACAGACAGCAUUGUACAUUGGAUUUAGGAAGUUAUAUUAAAGACCUUUCCGUAGUACAUGAUGACCUGUCCAGUAUUGUUAUCCUGGACAAUUCGCCUGGUGCUUAUCGCAGCCAUCCAGACAAUGCAAUACCCAUCAAGUCUUGGUUCAGUGAUCCUAGUGACACAGCACUUCUUAACCUGCUGCCUAUGCUGGAUGCACUAAGGUUUACUGCUGACGUGCGCUCCGUCCUUAGUCGAAACCUCCACCAGCAUCGGCUCUGGUGAUUGGCUGAAUCGAGAGGGGUGGAGCUUGUCAAACCAGCUGCUUCCUCUCUGUCGGCUUCCGUCCUGCCCUCUAUUCCCACACAGCUGAUCCACCCACCCUCGAAGAGCCUCACUCUUGAAGAGUCCUGAGGAGCAGAGGGUUAGGGUGACCGCCUAGCAUGGGAUGAACAGUAUGGGAUCACGAGAGCCCGGAAACCACAAGGGAGGGGGGGCAGCUAUUUGUUUUUCUUCUUGAGUUUUAAUUUGUACUUUUUUUUUUGUUUUGUUUUUUCAAAACAAAAUGGAGCCUCUCUGCCUUACAGCUCCAGAUACUGACUGUGUGCGUAUGGAGGUAUGUUUGUGUGUACAUGAGUCAAAGUAUGCUUGCUGCGUCCAUUAGUCUUUUUAAACAUUUUUGAUGAUUGGGGGGGGAGGAUCAGCAAGGCAACAAAGACAAUUCUCAUUAUUUUCUUCCUCAUCUUCACCUCCGACUUUGCACUUCAUUAGAUGAUAGCCCAUCGUUUUACUCUCUUUGACAUCCCAAGGCAACUGGAAAGUGGAAAAUAGGAAAACUUCACCUUUUAGAUGCCCCAAAAGUGAUCGCUGGGUCUGAAUGAAUACUUGAGGCUUUUUUUUUUCUCACAGGAACAGGUAAAUGUAUGCAAUGAUGUUAUACUUCACCAUCCACAGAAUUCUUUCUGGAUAAAUAUUGGAGCAACCUGAUUUCUUUUCUUCUUUUUUUUUCUUCUUUUUGCCACGAUCGUCUCUUUCCCCCAAGCUCUUUAUGGGACUUGAUGACAAAGAAUGGACUGUAAAGAAGUGAGGACAAAAAAAAAAAAAGAAUGACUCGUAAAGAUAUGGACUUCUUUGCUUGCAUUUAAUAUCUGGUGGUCUAAUACCAUAAUGUAAAAUACUUCUGGAUCCCAUGACAUUUCACUCCCCCCCAAUUCCAUUUGAUGCCAUCCUAAUAUCAAACGAUAGGACUUGCACUUAAUUUGUCUCCCCUCUGUUUCUGUUGCAGUUCGUUUUGUAUUUAAUUCAGAAGUUGCAACCUGCCCUUUUCUUACCUGCUCCCUUUACAGUAUGGGUUAAAUUGUCUGACCCUCCGUCUUGAAAUGCCUUCUGAACAACGUCAGUCUCGUCAAGGCUCACAACAGCUACAUAUUGGCUCUGUCUCCAGAUCUGUGUUAUUAAUAAAACACU